CUCAGAUCUAUCGUUCAGAGCCACCUAUAAUAUGGUCAAAGUUUGUCAUUCCUUCUACACAGCCACAAGAAGCCACGCUAGUUAUGUAAGUCCCAUAAGGCUCAGUACUUAGCCUUCGGAUCUAUAUCGUCCUUGGCUUGCUUAGUGCUCACACGGACCUGUCAUCUCAUCAUGCACCGGCCGGAUGAACAAUCAGUGGAGUGCGCGAGUCAUGAAAAAAAUGGAAUCGUUGAACGCCCCACAGCUCGUGUCGCAUUACCACCUCCUGCGGUAGAUGGUGACUCCGAUGGGGAAGCCGAGGCGGAUGGAUCGCAAGCAAAUGACGGUGAUCUGUUGGAAGACUUUCCGGACGAAACCGACGAAUUAGAACUUGUACACUCGCGGUUGAGCUCUUUGACUAAUCUUCGACUCGAUCGGUUCGCAAGGCAUCUGAGGAAGCUAUGUCUGAGACAAAACGCUAUAUCACAUCUAGAUCCAGAGGUGUUUAAACUGCUCACGCAGCUUGAAGAGUUCGACCUGUACGAUAAUAAACUCAAGACUGUGGGAGAUGCGUUGGACAAUAUGUCCGCUCUAACCACUCUGGACCUUUCAUUCAACCUUCUACGACAAGUGCCGGAGGCACUGUCGCAUCUACGUUCCUUGAAGACCGUGUAUUUCGUUCAAAACAAGAUCUCUAAAAUCACCGGCUUAGAGUCUGUGGGAGGGACAUUAAGAAGUCUCGAACUUGGGGGGAAUAGAAUACGGCAUAUCGAAGGGUUGGAUGCAUUGGUCAACCUGGAAGAAUUGUGGCUCGGAAAGAACAAGCUCACGAAACUAGAGAAUCUGAGUACACUGAGCAGACUGAAAAUUUUGUCUCUUCAGUCUAACAGGAUCACGAAGAUCGAGGGUCUGGGUCAACUAGCUGAUUUGGAAGAGCUCUACCUGAGCCACAAUGGAGUCGAGCGUUUGGAAGGUCUCGAGAACAACACAAAGCUAAGAACGCUCGACGUUGGUACGAACUUUGUUCCAGCGAUCGAAAAUAUCUCGCAUUUGGUAUCACUAGAGGAGCUCUGGCUCAAUAACAAUAAGGUUGCUGAUCUGCGAGCCCUCGAGCCGCAGCUCAAGAAUAUAGCAUCCCUUGAAACGAUUUACCUGGAAGGUAAUCCUUGUCAACAGGCCGAAGGUACAGGUUACAGACGGAAGAUAAUGCUUGCGCUUCCUCAGGUUAAGCAAAUUGAUGCCACUUUUGCGAAAUCAUUGUGACCCACUCGUCUCCAACAAAUUUUCUGCAAUGAGACGGCACUGAUUUCAAUUAGCAUUCUACAACAAGCACUAAUAACCGUCGGCAUGUUGUCCACCGCGUCAUGAUGUAUUAUUGCGUUCUGUCUCUUUUUCACGGCUUUUUUCGUUCACUGCGUCAUGCUGUGUUGUUGCGCGUUCAUGCAUCAUAUUCUGUCUCUUU